CAGAGGAAGAACGCAGCUCAGCCUAGAGUUUUCUGGAAGAGCUAGAGCCACAGGAGCAAGAAGAUAAGACGGAUGUAGCCUCAGAACCCAGAUGCCAGGCCUUUCCUUAGGAGCCAUAUAUCUGACUUCAGUGAAGACCAGGCUUCCACACUGAGGCUCUCGACACUGGCCCCCGCCUCUCUGUGCUGUCCUGAGCAGCAUGCAGCCCCUGGGCCUCGAGGGUACCCCAGCGAUCCGCCGGCGACCUCAGCUACGUCUCCUGCUCCUAGUGCUGCUGCUGCCGCCGCGGCCUAUAACCAGUGCCCAGAACACACCGGGAACCUCCAGCUCCCCGACCCCGCCAGCCACUCCCAGCUCCCCCGCCACGCCGGCUGCUUCCAGCGCCCCAAGUCUGCGGGAGCGCGCGCGAGCCCUGAUGCGGGACUUCCCUCUCGUGGAUGGCCACAACGACAUGCCCCUUGUUCUGAGGCAGUUUUACGGCAACAGACUACAGGAUGUCAAUCUACGCAAUUUCAGCCAUGGCCACACCAGCCUGGACAGGCUUAGAGAUGGUCUCGUGGGCGCCCAGUUCUGGUCAGCCUACGUCCCCUGCCAGACACAGGAACGGGAUGCCUUGCGCCUCACCCUGGAGCAGAUCGACCUCAUCCACCGCAUGUGUGCCUCCUAUUCUGAGUUGGAGCUUGUGACCUCAGUUCAAGCUCUGAACAACACUCGGAAGUUGGCUUGCCUCAUUGGUGUGGAGGGUGGCCACUCACUGGACAGUAGCCUUUCCGUCUUGCGUUCCUUCUAUGUGCUGGGUGUGCGCUACCUGACAUUCACUCACACCUGCAACACACCAUGGGCAGAGAGCUCAGCUAAGGGCAUCCAUUCCUUCUACAACAACGUCACUGGGUUGACCAGGUUCGGUGAGAAAGUGGUCCUGGAAAUGAACCGCUUGGGCAUGAUGGUCGAUUUGUCCCAUGUCUCAGACACUGUGGCUCGGAGAGCCUUGGAAGUGUCACAGGCACCUGUGAUCUUCUCCCACUCGGCUGCCCGAGGUGUGUGCAAGAAUGCCAGGAACGUUCCUGAUGAUAUCCUACAGCUUCUGAAGAAGAAUGGUGGCAUCGUGAUGGUGACUUUGUCAGUGGGGGUGCUGCAAUGCAACCCAUUAGCCAACGUGUCCACUGUGGCAGGGUGGGGCACAUUCCUGAAACUAAAACCCCACAUGGACCUGCGACCUGUCUGGCUAGGGGUGAGAUUGGGAAGACCGCUGCCCCCCACCCCCCUCCCCGGCCUCGGAGCUGUCGGUCCCUGGGUCCCCGGAGCCAGGAAAACAGCCGCGCCGCUGGGUCACCCUACUAGACGGUCGGUCGGGACCCCAUCGCCGCGCUCUACCCCUCGCCGCCCCUCCUUUCGACACCGGCCCCUGCCUACCCGUCCCACCCUGGGCAGCAUGCAGCCCCUGGGCCUCGAGGGUACCCCCGCGCUCGGCAAGCGACUUCUGCUGCGUCUCCUGCUCCUGCUAUCUCUGCUGCAGUGGCGGGUAACCCACGCCCAGACCACGCCAGGAAUCCCCGGAGCUCCAACCACACCAGGAGCCCCCAGCUCCUGGGCCAUGCCGGCCUCCGCCAGCUCCCCGACCCCGGCGGUCACCCCCAGCUCCCGGACCACGCCGGCCACCUCCAGCACUCCAAGAAUGCGGGAACGCGCCCGGGCCCUGAUGCGGGUCUUCCCUCUCGUGGACGGCCACAACCAUUUGCCCCAGCUCCUGAGACAGCUUUUCCAGAACAGACUACAAGAUGUUAACCUGCGAAAUUUCAGUCGUGGCCAGACCAGCUUGGACAAGCUUAAGGAAGGCCUCGUGGGUGCCCAGUUCUGGUCAGCCUACGCCCCCUGCCAGACCCAGGACCAGGAUGCCCUGCGCCUCACCCUGGAGCAGAUUGACCUCAUUCGUCGCCUGUGCGCCUCCUACUCUGAACUGGAACUAGUGACGUCAGCUGAAGGUCUGAACAGCACUGGAAAGCUGGCCUGCCUCAUUGGUGUGGAGGGCGGUCACUCACUGGACAGCAGCCUGUCGGUGCUGCGUGCUUUCUACCUGCUGGGAGUGCGCUACCUGGCACUCACCUUCACCUGCAGCACACCCUGGGCAGAAAGUUCCACCAAGUUUAAACACCACUUCUACACCAAUGUCAGUGGGUUGACAAGCUUCGGUGAGAAGGUGAUAGGGGAAAUGAACCGCCUGGGCAUGAUGGUGGACUUGUCCUAUGCAUCAGACACUUUGGUACGACAAGCCCUGAAGGUGUCGAAGGCUCCCGUGAUCUUCUCCCAUUCAGCUUCCCGGGCCGUGUGCAACAGUGUGCUGAAUGUUCCCGAUGACAUCCUGCAACUUCUGAAGAAGAAUGGUGGCAUUGUGAUGGUGACGCUGUCCAUGGGGGUGCUUCAGUGUAACCUGUUUGCUAAUGUGUCCACUGUGGCAGAUCACUUUGACCACAUCAGAGAAGUCAUUGGAUCAGAGUUCAUCGGGAUUGGCGGAAAUUAUGAUGGGUCUGGUCGAUUCCCUCGGGGGCUGGAGGACGUGUCCACAUACCCAGUAUUAAUAGAGGAGUUGCUGAUUCGCGGCUGGAGUGAGGAAGAGCUUCAGGGUGUCCUUCGUGGAAACCUGCUGCGGGUCUUCAGACAGGUGGAAAAGGUCAGAGAACAGAACAGUGGGCAGAACCCUGUGGAUGAUGAGUUUCCAGACAGGCAAAUGGUCAGGUCUUGCCACUCCCACCUCCUGUCUCAGCCUCAGAGUGGACACGUGGCCACACGCCUCGAGGUGACCAAGUGGCCAACCAGUCAGGUCCUCCAGAGGCCCUCAAAAGCCUCCCCAUACUUUGUUCUAGGUCCCAUGGCUGCUGCCACAUUCUCAGUCCUCACCCUGUAUCUCUGGUGACCUGGCCAUUUCCCCCUGAGGCCACUGGGGGAAAGUCUCACAAAGUGCCCCUCCUGCUCAUCCAGACACAAG